ACCUGAAGGCCUGUGUGUGUUUUGGCAGGUGGUUUUGGGAUAAAAACCUGACGUGUCUCUGAUAAGACAAGGGGUCUGUGCAUGUGCCACGUUUUCAAACAGAAACCCAGGUGCUGGAUCAGCCCUUCAUUCCUCCUUUUCAACAGAGAGGAGGACGCCUGAGCUCAGACAUGUCCGGGCUCAAUGCAUCGAUCGGAUACUUCCUGUCUGUGGCCACUUCUGCCGGCUUGGUUCGAGCGCUCCCCCAGAAGUGGCCUCGGUUCGGCUUCCUUUCCGAGUUGGCCGCCUCGUUCAUGCUGGUGGCGUGUUGGCUGGAGGUGCAGACCAUCGUGGAGGUGGGCCAGUGGGCCGGGGGCCUGGGCCAGGACGUGACGGUCACCAUGCUGUUUGUGCUGCUGCUGACGCACGGCGUGCUCUGUCCCGGGACGUCGGGGAAUCCCAGCCUGGCCGUGGAGAGGUUCCUGCAGCUGGAGGCCGGAGCUCUGCCCACGGCGCUCGCCGUCGCAGCCCAGUUCGCCGGCGCUCACCUGGCCCUGCUCGCGGCCAGGUACUACUGGAGCCUGGAGCUGACGGACAUGCACAUGAUCAAAAACCUGAUGUCGAGGGAAUGCAGCACGUCCCUGCUGGUGCCCGUGGUUCAGGGCUUUUCCACGGAGUGCGCCUGCGCCCUCGGCUUCCAUCUCAUCCGGUUAAAUCUGCGGCGCAGGUCCGCUCUGAUCCGGGUGCCCCUGAUCGCAGUUCUCCUCACCUUCUUCUCCCACAUCGCCAGGAAUUACACCUCCGCUUUCAUGAAUCCAUCUUUGGCAUACGGACUCACCUUCCACUGUCCCGGGUUUACCUUCAAAGAGUACGCAGCGGUCUACUGGCUGAGCUCGCUCACGGGCAUGACGUUGGCCCUCCUCCUGUACAUGGGCCACAUUCCCCGGCUCUUUGCCAAGAACCUUCUGUAUUGCCAGAAGACGCGCUUCAGAGUGCCCAAAGGAGACAAGUCCGAAAAGAAGAAGAAGUAGCGACGGAUAAAAAAAAAAAAAAAGAAGAAGACUAGUGCAAG